UCUUGAAGGACUUGAACUUCCGGUUACUUUAGUACUUGACUUCAUUGUUUUACGUUACUUUCUUCCGGGAUCUUUCAGCGGUGCGAUUUUUAAGACGUUUGUGAAAUAAAGCAGCAUGGGUGCGUGUUUGGCCCUGGGAUCCCUUGCCAGUUGUGCGUCCUGUUUGUGUGGUUCGGCCUCCUGCCUCCUGUCGUCAUGCUGCCCUUCCACCUACAACUCAACCAUCAGCCGGCUGGCCUUCUCUUUCUUUCUGCUGCUCGGGACACUGGUGUCCAUCAUCAUGAUCCUCCCAGGCAUGGAGGAACAUCUUAAAAAGAUUCCAGGUUUCUGCUUGGGUGGUUCGAGCAUACCUGGCAUCCAAAACCACGUGAACUGUGAUGUCGUUGUGGGCUACAAGUCGGUUUACCGCAUGUGCUUUGCCAUGGCCUGCUUCUUCUUCCUGUUUUCCAUCAUCAUGGUCCGAGUGCGCAGCAGCAAGGACCCCCGAGCCGCCAUCCAGAAUGGUUUCUGGUUCUUCAAGUUCCUGGCAUUGGUGGGCCUAACUGUGGGAGCUUUCUUCAUCCCAGAUGGAACCUUUAACACAGUGUGGUAUUACUUUGGCGUGGUGGGCUCGUUCAUGUUCAUCAUCAUCCAGCUCAUCCUGCUGGUGGACUUCGCCCAUUCCUGGAACCAGUCCUGGCUGGAGAAGGCUGAGAAUGGAAACACAAAGUGCUGGUUUGCAGCUCUGCUGUCCUUCACCUUCAUCCACUAUGCGCUGGCUCUUGCUGCUGUUGUCCUCUUCUAUCUGUUUUACACCCUACCAGACGACUGCACGGAGCACAAGGUCUUCAUAAGCCUCAACUUUAUCUUCUGCAUCGUUGUGUCCGUUGUGUCCAUCCUGCCCAAAGUCCAGGAAGCUCAGCCCACCUCAGGCCUGCUCCAGGCCUCCCUCAUCUCCCUUUACACCAUGUACCUCACCUGGUCAGCCAUGACCAACAACCCCAACCGACAGUGUAACCCCAGCCUGUUGAGUCUGGUCCAGCCCACCAGUCCCACCCCUGCACCAGGACCUACUCAGGCACCUGGACAUGUGCAGUGGUGGGACGCUCAGAGCAUCGUGGGACUGCUGAUUUUCUUGUUCUGCACACUUUAUGCCAGCAUCCGCUCCUCCAACAACGCCCAAGUCAACAAGCUAAUGCAGACAGAGGAAGGCCAGGGUCUGACCGCCGAGGACGAGUCGGCAGUGGGGGAGGACGGAGUCCGACGAGCGGUGGACAACGAGGAGGAGGCCGUGACCUACAGCUACUCCUUCUUCCACUUUAGCCUGUUCCUGGCCUCCCUCUACAUCAUGAUGACUCUCACUAACUGGUAUAGGCCAGACACGGCCUAUGAAGCCAUGCAGACUACAAUCCCAGCUGUGUGGGUGAAGAUCUGCUCCAGCUGGAUCGGCUUGGCCCUCUACCUUUGGACCCUGGUGGCCCCGCUGGUGCUGACGGAUCGAGACUUCAGCUAAACACACAACUUUAAUGUUUCUUUAGCGUGACAGUACAGUGAGCUUCACUGAUCCCGUGUGGCUGUUUUAGUUACAUCUGUCGUGUAUUUUGGAAAGAACAAAUGCGAUUGUUUGAGCGUGAACAAUGAUCACAUUCCUGUUCAUCCACUUGGGUUGCUUUCCUGUGCAUUUUACUGUCAGAUCACGCAAACCUUAACAAGCCAAGACCAAACAAAUACUUUUAUUUCUUACUUUAUUCUGAUAGUUACUUUUCCGAUUGUAAUCACAAGAUGGUGUUAAAUGUUAUUUUACUGUACGUUAGUUCUUGUUUUCCACCGAGAGUGCCUCGCUGUACUCGUGCACACACGUCAUUUAGAAGGAUCGCUGAUAUCUAGAUACUCAUUUUUGCCAAAAUGCUUCCUCCUCUGCUCUAAAUCGGGUGUUCUGUCGUUUUGACCCGGGGAAGGGACGCCAGUGUUCACUAGGUGGUGCUGUUGCCUCUUCAUGCCUUUCAGAACUAGUCGGUGUUCUUCCUCCUGAAUUUGCCAUGUGACUGAUGUCAUCAGAGACGCAUCACAUGAUCGGAUAAAGUGUGAUUCAGCUUCACAAACAAUCCUCUGGUCUAACACACACUGUUGCUGCUCUGGACUCGGUGAGGAGGGUGGUAGAGUACAAGUCUGAUCACAUAGAGUAUUGAAGGCUUUUGUUGUGGCGCCACCAACGGCGACCAGCCGGUGGAGCCUGUUUGGACUCUGACCAAACAGCAAUGAUCUAAUACCAGAUCUCUGAAUUCACUGUUCUGCUUUUCCAUUUGUUGCUUGCACGUCAUUUUAGGAACCUUCACCGAGUUCCUCCUGAAGGUUCAGAUAUUCACUGAUUCAUCCGUCAUUGGCAAUGGAAACAAUCAAAUCUAAGAGUCUUCGUUUAUUCAGGCUGUGCAUAUAGUGUCUAUUUGUUGUCUGCCAAAGUAUUUUACCAACAGAGAUGAUAUUUCUUAUAUAACUGUCUAGAUGAAUGCUUUAAUGUAGAAGACUAUUAGUUCUUUUCUAUGUUUUUUUACUUGGUAAAACCUGCUGCCUGUGUAGUCUCAGAUACUACUCGUUAAAUCUCAUCGCUUCAUUAAUAAAUUAGUUUCCAGUCAA